AUGGCCGUAUCAGCUACUCCGCCGGUGCUUUCCCCAACAUCUACUCCGGGGUCUGGCAGUUUAUUCCGCUCUGAUCCGCUGUAUACAAGCCCAGCCGAGUCCCCGAGACUGACAAGCAGCUUGAUCAACUCUUUCAUCAGCAGCGGAGGAGGCGGUGGAGGAGGAAAUGGAAACGGCACAAGCGGCAAUAACGAGUGCAAAAUGGUUGAGGUACACGGGGUCAAGGUAGCCUCGUUCAACGUGGACGGUCAAGAACUCAUCUGCCUGCCGCAGGUCUUCGACCUCUUCCUGAAACAUCUGGUCGGGGGUCUGCACACCGUCUACACCAAGCUGAAGCGGCUGGAUAUAUGCCCCGUCGUGUGCACAGUGGAGCAGGUCCGGAUUCUGCGGGGGCUUGGGGCUAUUCAGCCUGGGGUGAAUCGCUGCAAACUCAUCACCCGCAAGGACUUCGAAGCGCUCUACAACGACUGCACCAAUGCCAGGUUAGUUGCAUGUGUUUUGGUCUCUUCAUUUCUCAAAUGCCCGCCUCACUGUUGAAUGUUUUCAACUAACUUUUUUGUAGAUGUACCAAUUGAAGUUCCUCAAAAUGUGUAGUAAAUGUUGCAUUAGGCUGCUGCGUAUUUCAGCACUGUUACAUGUGCUGAAAGACAAAACAAUCAUGAGAAAAAUGAUAGUUAGGAUGCUAUAUUAUUACUAAACAUCAAAGUAUUGUGCAAAGUUAGUUCAGUCAUUGACAACUUCUGUACCACAUCACUCUCUCUCUCUCAAAGACACACACACACACACACACACACACACACACACACACACACACACACACACACACACACACACACACACACACACACACACACUGAACUAUCUAAGUAUAAGCUACAAUUGUUCCAUAUCCAUUUUAUAGACAGAGAAGUAUGAGCAAAGUAGUUUAGUUGUUCAUAACUUCUACCUCCCCCCACACACACCUAUAAGCCAUCUCCCUAAAACCAAACACGUUUAACCCCCAUAGCACCAGCUCAUUGAUUAAUAAUUUAUGCAAAGCACUAGAUCAUGUAUUUUCCACAUUAUUUUGCAAAGAGGAAAAUAACUUUGAAUUCUAUAGCCCCUCUUCUAAUUCUGUAGAACUCAAUAUGAUUAUUUUUCAGAAUAAGAAUACGUGGCAAAGUGUUUAGCCUACAUUAGGAAUAUGUUCCUUUCACUGUCCCAUAAAUAAUAUUCUGUUGUCAAACUGGUGUAGCCUACUUUUGUCACCUUCAAUGUGCUGCAACAUACUUUUCCUAUAAAGCUUAAUUUGUAGUCAGAUCACAACAAGAACACAAACAUGACAACACUAAGCCUAUUGCGUGAUUGUUAAUUUAGAAUAUUUAUUGGGAAUUUCAGUAAGAAGAAUUGUAUUCUUGUAGUUUGUUAAAGAACGUCUCACUAUUCUUGAUGACCAUAAGGAUAGGCUAUGCCAUUCCAGCGUCUUUCAGGAGCAGUAGAGUAAAGGUUGUCGUAUCUGAAAUCCAGCUCCUUCAGUUAAAUUCCUCAAAUCUAACUGACUGUAAGUUGAUUUGAAUACCUUACAUAUCACUGCCAUAAGCACGCAAACAUUUGUGUCUGCUUCUCCGUUGCUAAAUGAACAUAAAUUAAACGGACCUUUGUGUCUCUCCAUUAGGCCCAUAACCAGUGAGAUAAUAGAAAUAAAAGUAAGAAUGAUGAGAGAAGUUUAAGAUGUGGAUUUGACCUAAUGAGGCGGGCUACACUGGUCAUUUACAUUUACAUUUUAGCAGACGCUCUUAUCCAGAGCGACUUACAGGAGCAAUUAGGGUUAAGUGCCUUGCUUAAGGGCACAUCGACAGAUUUUUCACCUAGUCGGCUCGGGGAUUAGAACCAGCGACCUUUCGUUACUGGCACAACGCUCUUACCCACUAAGCUACAUGGCGCCCAUAAUCAUGAAUAUUGACUUACAGCAUGGUGACGCACGGUUUUAUAUUUUAUUUCUGUCUCUGAAUAAUAAAUAUAUAUAUCUGUGUCAGUUAAAGCAGGACAAACUAUGCUAAAAAUAUAUAUUUUUAGGCAUCUCUCCUCUCACUUUCCCCUCGAAUUGAUCUUCAAACCGCGCACGGUGCUGGCUGCGGCUGCAGAUGUUGCUUGUGUGUUUAAUAAAUCAAUGGGACAGAUCUGAAUGAAUCACCUCGGAUGGAUUCUCUGCUUGGUUUGAUGUCUAGAUGUUAUUCUUAGCUUGUUAUCAUGACAGAUGCAUUAGUGUUCCCAUACAAUGUCAGUGGAGGAAAAUAACUAAAAAGGGACCAGUGCUCUCUUUCCCUAAGACCUUUAGCAUUCCGAACCUCAGGGGUUUUUGCCUCAUUGUCUAGUUGUACAUAAUUGCAACUUUUUUUCUCCAGCGCAGCUCCCCCGGCUACAGCGACAAUAGGCCAUGUUGAUUAUGCACAACAAAAGAGGAGGCUGACAAUUCAAUACAAAGACAGGAUUUUCACAUGUGAAAAUAAACAUGACAAAAAGUUAUCUUGAAUAGAAGCUGGACCCUCCAAUGCGCAUCAGGGUUUCUGUAAGACAAGGCACAACUGAUGUUUGGAAUUAAAUAACGAUAGGAUAAUAAUUAUAUAGGCUAAUAAUAAUAGCCUAAUAAUUAUAAUUUGUGAAAGCAAAAUAUUAAUACAUUUGUAGAAAAGUUGUAAUAGUGUUUGUCCCGCUGUCACAACACACACUGAAGUUAUUCACUCGGAAAAUCUCAGCAAAAAUACCUUAUAAUAUUAUUUUCCAACCAUAUGAUUGAAUUUUCUCUUAAUUAAUUAUUCGUCUAAAAUGUAAACGCUGUUGCACAAUUUAUUUGCUCAGAGAACAACACUUUUUGGAUUGUUUUCUAUUUCGCAAUUUGUCAACAAAUCGUCAUAUGGCAUCUUGACCAUGACAAUGUGAAAUCAAAUAUGAUUCAAUUUCUGACGCAUUUGAGGCUCAAUCGAGUGAGACUUGUCAGUUAUGCCAAGUCUGACAUAUUUUGAUGGGAGCGGUAUUGAUUACAGAUAAAGUGGACAAUUGUCCAGUAGGAGUAAGCCUAUAGGGCAGGCUAUUGACUUCUAUUUUUUUUUUGCAGAGAAUUAUAAGACAUUUUAAGGGUUUCAGAGGCAGUCUCUCACUUUAAGACUGCAUCCAAGUUAACACAAAUCAGUAUUUGCAAGAGGCUAUUUGUCUACUUUAUUUAACAUACUUUAAAAAAGUAAAAUGUAUGAUUUUAAAACGUCGGUCUUACCCAUAUCUGAUACUUUUCAAUUAAACAUCCAGUUGUCAAGAAAGGGGUUUAAGAUUAUUGUAUCUCCCGGUGGUGAGUUUGGUGCGUAAUUGGCAAUGGAGAGCAUGGAGAGGAUAAAACGAUCUUUAAAAUAUGUCCUCAACACGAGCUAGGCUACGCACACACACACACACACACACACACACACACACACACACACACACUCACUCACUCACUCACUCACUUUCAAUUGGAGAUCAUCUCAGUCGGUGUUAUGUUUGGUGAGGAAUAUUGAUGAUAUUUUACAGAGGGAUCACUGAGAGAUGGGGAGAGGCAGAGGGAUGGUGGGAGAGGGGGAGGCGGGAAGAUGUUACUAUUUCCAGAUGGUCAGUUUGGGCAAGAUUCGGUAAUUAACGUUUUAGCACCCCCCUCCCCAUACAAUCCCCUGGAUCUAUUAUUAGGUUCGACUUUGAGCUAAAUCAAUCUGUCGCACUCGUCAAAUCAACCCACGAGAGAGAGAUAAUGGAAGACGGAGAGAUAGAUGUAAAUAUUAGCCUAUUAAAUAGCGUUAUUUUUUAUUUUGGGAUUCGAAUUUUACUAGUUAGUAAUACACUGCAGUGUGGAAGGUUAUAGCGUACGCUAUGUAUCCCUACCACUCACUUCACAAAGAUUGCAGCCUCUGACUGGUAAUGAAAUUGCCUCAGCAAUGGGCUGCAAGAGAAUUGAAUUUGCACCUCGGACUCGGUGCUUUACAGCUAACCUGCCUGCGCGCGCCCAUCGGAACGCUGUUUUUAUAGUCAGAUUUAAACAUCAUCCACUGUCCCAUCACCAGAUGGUUGUAACUAACGUGUGCAAACAGGCCUAUCCCGCCUCUUUCCCCCUUUUAUUUGGCGAAGUGAGGGGAAAGGGAGGGAAAGAGAACGUGUGCAUAUCCUUGUACUACCCCACCGGUGGACGCAGGAAGCCUGUGAACGGGAAUAGGGGAUAGAGUCAUUGGGAGAUAUCAGGAUAGUCAUCAAAACUUCUCGACAGAACCUUUAGCACUGACACGGCCAAUUUCAAAACGGGAAAAAUGUUCAAAUCAGCAAAGGCAGCACUUAGUGGGCUCCUUUUAUGAUAUCUCAGCUGCAAUUGAUCUCCGGGUUUUUAUUGCAUUCAUUAUUUAUUAAAAAUAAUUUGCAAGCUAAACAUAACGCUAAACUAGUUUGCACUUGGGGACUGCACUUAGGAAAUUGAAUGGAAAUUACAUUAGAGAUGAACAUCUGUGCUGUUUUUCCACUCUCUGUUUAUGGGCGAGUGUUUCUUCUCUUUAAAUGCAGAUGACUGUGAGGGACAGGAGAUAGCUGCUGAGGAGGGCAGAGAGGUCUUUAAACAUUACUCCUCUAAAUGAGAUGAAAUAGGUUCCUCAAGGCUCAAUGAGGCAUCAACCCAUCACCCCUAAUCAUACAUUUUGGUUAGAAAUCAAUGAAAAGUUAACUUUAAUCAUAAUUAAUGAUAAGCUUAUCAGUUUUUAGAAAGCCAAACAGAAUUAGCUUCUUCUUUCCUUAUUUUAAGUCAUUCAUCUAGAAAGUAUUGCUUUAAUUCCGUGGGAUGCCUGGAGGUCUAAUCUUACAUCACAUAACAAGACAAACUAAUGCAGUUUAAACAUUACACAUCCCAGCUGCACAUUGUAACACCACUUAAGGUUUCCUAAUAAUUUUUUACAGAUCUGAUUUUCUGCAUGAUGGUAAUCUGUGUGGCUAAAUGUGAUGUUAUAAUUUUUUCGGUCAGCUCUAUUCUUAAUUGGAAUAUUAGUGGAUGAGUAGGCAUACAUUGGCCAAACCACUGUCUUUUCCUUUGCUGGUGUUUGUGUGGUGAAUCAAUACAUUCUUUUUUUGUUCUGAAGCCUGGUCCCCACAGUGUCCUAAACUGCAUGUUGAUAGAGAAUACCACAGUGAUGUCUGGGUGAAAUCAGAGACCAUCAGAGACAGAUGGAAUUGAUGACGGAAGUACAGUAACUUGUGUGUAUAACAGGUUCAUUUUCGCCAUCUGCCUAACUUUGUGUGUGUGUAGUGGUGUGGUUGUCAGUGUGUGUUGGCCAGUCUUGACUGGUCCAUAUGGACAGCUCCCUGCCUGUAGCCUAGCCCUGGGCAGCGGUACCCCCGGUCGAGCGCGCCACCCAAGACACCCCCGUCUCCUCUAAUCUCCUCAAUCAGCAGAAAGAUUGUCACUCUAGAACCACCACCACUCCUUAAUGUCAGCCAUAAAUUAUACACAGGCUUCUUUUUCAGCUUGAUUUUAUUACAUAUCUGCUCCCACUGGCCUUUCUACUUUAAAUAAUAAAUUAACCCCGCUUGAUGUGAAGAGUGGCCACCAAGCGCUGUCAAAGCUCUGCGCUCUGGAGAGAUCAGCCUCAUUAAAUAGUGAAUGAAUGAAUUUGUUUUUCUGUUUAGAUGGCAUUAAGCAUGGCCCCCUGUGCAUGGCUCUCUCCUGCUCUGUUUCUAUUUGUUUGUGUGUGUGUCUGUUGGUGUUUCGAUGCCUGACUGUGGGCUCUGAGUGUGUGAGUGUUUUAUUUCCGUCUGACUGACAGCCAGACAGGAGACUUUCACACACAGGAGACGUGGUCUGGACUGGGCUUACUGAGCCUACUGUUGCUGCAGAGUUACGCAGGACACUCACAUUAGUCUAGAUAAUAGGAAAAAGGUAUUCACUGUGUAAUGGUUUGGCUGCAGGGCUUCCUGGUAGUUCCCUAUUUGACUAAUGUAGCUACAGUAAUAGUAAUAGUUUAAUUAUUCAGUUUAAGAUAUUAGUUGUGUCUGUGAAGACAUGCUUAAACUCUCUGGCACCCAUUUUAAUGAGUAUUCUUUUUUUAGGUAAUUAAAAGAAUUAAAGAAAUAUGAUCUUUAUUAUUGGGUUAAUUGAGAAAAUAAUUUAGUCAGACUUUUCCCCCAUUUCCUUUAAAAAAAACUUUUCUGUGAACAUUACAACAUCCCAACCUUUCCCCAUGUGAGAUUUAUGGCACUCCGUUGUAAAAGCAAUGGUUGAAAUACUUAGAUAUUUUUAUGACUGGGGUUAGCUUGCCGCGAGAGAGGGAGCCCGAGAGUGUGUGUCUGAGUGUGUGCAUAUGUUUGUGCGUGGUGUGUCUGAGAGAACGCUUCCGAGGUAUUUUAAAACAACCUGUGGCCAUGCGAUAUCUCAUGAAUGUUGGCGAGCGCCUGUUCCAAGCCACAGCUCUUUAAUAACUAGUCCUAUGCGUAACCAAUGAAUUAGAGGCAAAGCAAAGACACAUGAGAUCAAUUAGGGAUGGAAUUGUACCACUACACUCUCCGCACAUGGACCUCGUGCACGUUUAUUGGAACAUGUUUCAGAAGUAGUAAAAUUUCAUAAUCAUGAGCACUAAUCAUAUUUUUUCUCCUACUAUAUUGUUCAUGAGUUUCAUAAUAAUAUAUAUAUUUAGUUAAAUGUUCUUUGUAGUUUUUCCACAAUAAAUAGAGGGUGAAUGUGCAUUUUAAUUGGCCUGGGCCUGAGCCUGCUGACAAUGGAAAGGUGGAGAGCUGAGAGCGUCAGCAUGUGUGAGAUGCAUGAGGGAGAUAUGUCUGUGCCUAUCUGUUUAUAUGUGUGUGUGUGUUUGUAUGUCGAUAUGUUUUCAUGUGUGGUUGGUGUAUGUUGUGUGUGGCGUAUGUUGGAGGGGGGGGCGGGGUAAACGUGACAGAUGGAGGAGGCCUGUCAAGUCUCUCGCUGGGGGAGAAAUGACAUCCACCUUCUCUACCUAAUGUAGGAGACCAGAAAAAACCUGAGCCCACUGGUGUCAUUUUGACUUUGGGAAGAUCUCCUUCCUGGGCUUAAUGACACAUCUGCAGCCGGGCUAUAUUUAUUACAGUCAUGUAGAAUAAAAUUGAUUGUCUCCUAAAAUUAAUUUUGGGUUUGCCUCUAGCAGUGCUUUAAUGGAGGACACUAGGCUCCAUGCAGGAGUAUUGUUUAAUCACUUUAAUAUCACAGCCCCCAGGACAGCCGAGAUAAUUGUACAAACGAACAUAGAAAUAUGUAUCUCUAACUUUUAUGAUUGAAUUAUGCAAAUGACUCAUCUCCUGCCCUUCCAAGCACUAAUCAUCUAAUUAGGAGUGAUGUUUUAAAUGGUUGUUUUUGGAUGGGGAUAUGGGAGAAGCAGGGAGCAGAAAAUUGAAUGUGACGUUAAAAUCGGCACAGUAGUUUGUACCGGAAAAGCUGGUGUUUUCCUAUCCCCCUCCCUCUCUCUAUUGUGUGCUUGGAGUCGUGGGCUCAUUAGUGGAGUUUUGUAAGACAUUUUACGAGCUUGAUACUUAAGACCCUUAAUCUUUAAUCGUUUUUUGCAGUUUUGAUUAAUUGCGUUCCUGCUCAGAUUAUUUCCUUUGACACAGAGCUGUUGGACGUGGUGGUGUGGGCGCAGACAGACAGAGAGAGGCGUGCAGUGCUCUGCUGCUGGAACUCAAUGCAGUUGAAGAAAUGCGAACUAGCGUCCCAAUUACACAGAUGAAUAUUUUAUGAUGUGUUUAGCAGUGUGUGCUCUUUUUCCCCUCCGUGCUUAGCAGCUGGUGGCCCUUUUUGAUGAUGCGUUUAAGCAGCUGACUCUGGAUGCAAGGAAGCUACAAUAACAAUGUUAGCCAUGCAGACUCAGGACAGCACAGAGCCCAAGCUCUCGCUCUGAGUUCCAUAUAAAAAAAAAAGAGAUCAUCCGAACAAAACGCAAAAAGCCCUGUGCCUCCCUCUGUGGAUCUGUGUUUACAUUUGUCUCAUGAAUCUCUGACAUCUGGAGGCAAUAACCCAGGGUUCUACCUCCUGUACUGCAGGGCGUACUGCAGCGCUCCACGUCUCUAUUGAUGGGGUCACCUGAAGAGCAGCAGCCCUCAUCCCCAUGCCCCCUCCCACAGAAACACUGUCAGUCUGACCAUGGGAGCCUAUGGAGAGGACCACAAUACGUUUUCAAUCAGCAGCAGAAUUUAGAUCCGGUGACUGAAUUGUGAUCAUAAAUGCCACGGUGACCCUGUCAUUUUUUUAUCUUGUCGUCUUCAUCACGUUGCUCAUAAGAGCACAUGUGAUGUGUUAUGUUUGAUGUUGACCUGUGACCUUCAGGGAGGAAGUAAGUAAUUUAAUGUGUGUGUGCAUGUGCACUGUAUGCAUUUACUAAACAUACCAAUAUGGAAGUAUGAGGAAAUGGAAAGCUAGAUAUUUUUGCUCUGACAGUGGACAAAAGUGGUCCGGAAAACGUGAUACAUUUCCAUUUCCUGAUCCUACUGAUCACCCAAAUCACACAGGUGGGGAGAAAGCAGUGUCAGGGGCUAGAAUAUCAAAAGGAAAUAAGGUAAGAAUGAAAUAGGGAGGUAGAGAGGGAUGGAGGCAGGGAGGAGGAGUGAAAGAUGUGCUCAGUGUGCCUCUUUUGGUCUGGGUUAGAUCAAGAGGAGCUCUGGGUAUGUGAUGACAUCAUUGCCAGUUUUCAUGUUCUUGCGGGAUCCUUGAGGGAUUUAUCCCCCAUCUACCCAGAGAAGCCUGGCUCCAAUUACUCACUGAGAGUGCCCUGCCUGGGCCGGCCCGGUGAAAACACAUGGCUUGAUCCAUCCGGAAGCCUGUUUCAAAGCACUUCAACCACAACACCAACCACCUCUUGGAAUUUAACUUAUGAGGCGGAUACCCUUCUCCUAAACACACAUCUUUAAACAUCCUGAAAUGUAACCAAAACUUUCCUCAGUGUUUUCGCUAAUGACAGCAUUAGUUCCUUGAAGGGGAUACGUCAGUUUGUUAUGUGGCGUAGUGUUUGUGGUCAAUGUCCGCUAUUGUCUGUGUAGUGACUGAAAUGUGACUAAGGGCUUACAGCUACUGGAGUGAUUGCAGGGAGAGAUCUUAUCUUUUCUCUGUGAAGGUGAACCUACUGCACUACUGAACUCCCUGACGCUCCCCACCUCCCACCCAAACAAGAGACUCAUUUCUAUUAAGCACCAGACUCCCCUAUAACUCCUACAAAAGGCAACACUGGGCCGUGUCCAAUUUCAUUUUUAUUCAUACCCAUUUUAUUUAAAGGAGUGUUUAGGGUCUAUAUGGGCGGCUUAAAGGAGGACUGUUACAUCGCCUUUUUACUGAGACCAUCCGUCUUCCCCUGAACCACCUCACAACAUGCUAUUUUUCUCCCUCCCUCCCCUGUGGUGGGGCCAUUAUAAGGUAGUGUGCGAGUUUCCAUUUGCCUACAGUAAAUAGACUGUUGGGUGUCUGUGGAAAAUAAAUAUAUUGGGCAGCACUCUUUUAAAAGGCAUCAGGCCGGCGAGGAGGAGCCUUUACAGCAGAAGGCUGGAGGAUUGAUUUAUCUGCUGCGCUGUAAUGACUGCAGAUGUGGAUCUGUUAUUCUAGAUGAGCAGUGAACUUGAUGAGUUGAUAACGUGGGCCGAAGCCCAGCCUGCUUUUAAUUACUGAUCAGGAAUGUAUUGGUGCAGGCUUUUGAUUUAGAGGUGAGGGUGGCGGGUUCACAGAUACCCCCCCCCCCCCCCCCCCCCCCACUUCCCCCCUCACUCUCCCUUUCUGUAGGGCUGGAUAGGUGACCUUGCCUCUUUUGUCUCUUCUUGACAGAGGCAGUUUUUAAAUGGCUUCAGUCAGAUCAGAGUGGAGCUGAGAGGAAGCGUGUGUCUUUCUGGUUAAGUCAGGAGGAAUCUGUCACUGCUGCAUUGUCUUCAUGUUGCUUCUGGACUGUACCCUUCACGAUCUGGUUAAGAUCUCUGUAUCAAAUCCUUCCAGCACUCAUCUUUUCUGUGUACAGCAUAAUGACUGGAAGGCCCCCACCUCCCCACUGCUUCCCGACCACCUCACAAGGGUAGGGAAUGGGAAUGCUUGAUGGAAGUUCAUCCGGACUCCUUGUGUUUUCUGUGUUUGUUUCUGUGCCGCUGUGUGAUUCUCUGCAGAAUGAAGGAAGGUAUUUUUAAUGAGAGGAGAGGCGAAACGGGGCCUCUGCUUGAUUGAAACCAUGCAGGAGAUUGGAACCACUAACGAAGCAGGUUAUUUAGAUGUUUAUUUGCUGUUGUGACUUCCAUGUCUUAAUAGGCCCGGAGAAGAUGAGUGUUGGGAUGGGGCUGUAGCCAAUCCGAUAGAGGCUUUACAGCACUCCCACGCCACUCCCCGAUAAUACCAGGCAUUGAGGUUAUGACCGUGGGAAGUCUGUGUAUACUCUAAACACACUCUCUUUCACACACAUGCAGACACACACACACACACAAUAUGACACUUUCACACACGAUACUCAAUUGCAGAUGCAGUACCAUAUGGAUACUCUUCCCUUCCACCUCAAUGUUGAGAGAAUAUGGGUGCCAUUUCACUAAUGGAUUGUGAGGUAGCUUCACGUCAUCACACAGUUCCACACCUGCCCCUGUUCUACAGUCUAAACCGCAGUCCCCCUCCCCUCUGAGGUGGGUGGCAGCCUGACUAGAACUAGGCCUCUCAGUGAAGAGAUCCCCACAAUGUAACCUGAUCAGCAACACGCUUUUAUCUCACUGAAAGCCUUUCUGAGGAGAGGGCUUGGAGAGGUCAGUGUGUGUGUGUUGGCUGGGGUGGGGUGGGUAAGGUUGGGGAGGAGGGCACCCUCUUAUGAAAACAAUCAGGCCCAGUGAGGUUUCAUUACAGGGUAAUGUCUCACCAAAUUGUUCCAGGUAGUUAAAAUGAAAUGAAGUGAAUUAGGGAAAAGGGGGAGAGAAUGCAGAGCGCUUUAUUGCUUUCCUUUGAAGGCACGAUUACAAUAAUCUCCUUCAGCGUCGAGUCUGCCUUGGAUAACAUAUAAAAUAGGAGGUGUGUAUGUGUUUGUCUAUGUGUGUGUGAGGUCAAGGGUUACGGUGUCGAGUGUAUUCCUGUCUCUCUCUGUGCACUGUGUCUAAAUAUCCAGUUUAGUUUUGUGCCCCGCUGUCCUCUGUUUUACCCCUGUGUGUUUGUGGAAGUAUGAAUGUUCCAUAGUCUUUCGUGUGGUGGUGUUAAUGUGUCAGAGAGAAAUCCUCAAAGAAUCUAGCUGUCUAAUUUUGGUAGAUAUCCACCUCAAUUAUUGUUUUUUGAACCACGUGUGCAAAAAAUUAAUAAUAUAAUUCCUAAAGAAUAAUACUAAUUGAUGGUGUAAAUAAGUAUUUCAGAGCACAACAGUAAAGACCAGGGAAUUGCAGGUUCCUAUUCAAGGUGGGAUAACUGCUUCCCUUACAUUGACUUUAACAGCCCAGUUAUGUUAGAGAAGACAGUGAAAUUAAAUAGUAUCUGAAGAAGAUGCUUCUUUUCUAUGACAACAGCCGAGGCUCAUGACAGAUGUCCUGUGACACUCCCUGCUGCAGCAGGGGCUUGUGGGUAAUGGCAGGGUCCGGUUUUUGAUGUUUUAUUGAAAGAUCACUCCGGCUGCUCUGGCUUUUCACCGGACCGUAAAUCAGACCCAUCCAUGUAGGGCUGUCCUGUCCCGCUCCGGCCCCGCCUGUGCUUUAUGUCAUUCUGGGGCAAGAGGGGCCAAAGAACCCGUCAAUCAACCUCUUCCCCAAUCAGAGGCAGCCCGUGUCAGGGACGGGACAACCGGGGGCCCAGGGUAGCGGAUCUCACUAUCUCAAGCAUUUGUACCUAGUUAAAGAAGCAGAAUUGACUGUGUGUGUACGCAUGUCUGUGUGUGCCGGCCUCCCUAAGACUAAGGCAAAGCAACUGGCGAAGUACUGUUCUGUUUCUGUUGUUAUGGGCAGCCUAGCUGUCUUGUUUCCAAGACCUUUGAAAUGUUUGAAUCCUUCUUAAUGUAAUUUAAUUUAUGGAUUAAAAUAAAGUAUAAAAAUGUGUGUGUGUAUGUGGGAAAGUGUGUGUGUGUGUUGUUCAAGCAUGUGGGCCCUGUCCACUUUAGCGACUGGAGUCUUCUCUUCAUUGAAAACUGCUGAGACGGCACCAUAGCCAUCAUUUUCCUACUGCUCUCCUUCAAUGGCUGUUAAUGAGUGAGUUGAUGUAGUUGAACAUUUAGUUAAUAAAUAUGUCAGACUUUUACCACUCUGUUUUUUCUCUUCCUCUGCCCCCUCCUCUUUCCUCCCUCGUGUCUGUCGCGCAUUUUCUCGGUAUGCUGAGAAAUUGUAAUUAGUUUUAGAUUUACGCUACGAUGACAGACAGUGGUGAAUAAAUAGAGGUUAAACACACAAUUUACAUAUUAAUUUCAUGAUUCAUUUAAUCAAUGAUUUAUGUGGGUAUAGAUUGCUUUUAAUCCCUUCAAGACAGCGGUGUUUUCCUCUCCUCUCCUCUCCUCUCCUCUGCUCUGCUCUUCACCAAGCAUGACAGAAUAGAGUGGUUUGCUCAAGCACUCUCUAUCUCUCUCCUCUCUCUAUCUCUCUCCUCUGUCUUUCUCUCCGUCUGCUGUUCAGUGACUUGGAGAGGAAUGUGAGUCGAAUGGCUCCAAACGGCACUCCUAAUUGGUUUAAUUUUUCAGCGUGUGCACCGGUCCUGACACUCGCUUAUGGAACACCAUUCCUCCGGCACGCUGUGAUCCCUCCGCUCUCUUCGGGUCUCUCUCCCUCUCCCUCUCUCUCUCUAUCCCUCUCUCCCACUACUCAACCACGCUCACUCGUUGACGAUCUUCAAGUCUCAAGCCGAGAAACGUUAAUAAUGAAGUAAUCAUCACAAUCGUUAAAUUGAUGAUAAUGAAGAUCCCAGUAAUAAUGAUUGGUGGCAGUGGUUGUGUAUUCAUAACCAAUCUCUGCAGAGCACUGUAAUUUAGCCAUGAUUGAGAUGCACUUUGAAUCCUCGACUUGUUCCAUUCGGCGGCCUGAAGGAAUUCAAAUAUUACAGAUGGAACGCAAUAUUAUACUUUUUUUGCAUUAGCAUGAUGUUGUCAAGUAUUGGUUUUGAUGACAAGAAGCUACAAGCUUCUCAUCAUUAAUGUAUGAUUAGUAAGCAGAAGCGCUGUCGCCGCUCCUAACCCUAGGGUGGUUUUGAUCUGUUCUGAGGGUAUGGUGGGAGAUUUGGGAGCCAUCAAUUCAGUGCACUCUAUUUUCCCCUCUGUGUGACCUUUGAACCGGGCCAGAGAGAGGCCUCUUGAUGUUUAUUCUCUGAUCCUCCACUCAAGUCCGAUCAAUUAGGAGUCCUUUGGACACUGGUGUUUAAAGGAAAGCCAGUCUCACAGCACAGCCAAGCUCUACCUAGCCUAGCAGGCAGGAGCUUUAUAGACUAAUGACUGCACACACGGGGCCCAGAUUCCCUACUCUCCACGCACCUCUGACAUUUGUUCCCGGGAAAUUAUUCAUACUUUAUCUUGUGGAGAUGGCAGACUGUGUUUUUUUAUAUAUCAGGACAACAAUUGGAUUGUGCAGCCGGGGAGGAAAAAAAUGGUAAUUGAGUAUUUUAUCAGACACUUCCGCCAAACAGACUUUUGUAAGUCGUAAAUGAAGAUUAAAGCUCUUGUUGGCAGAGAGGGAACAAAUUGGAAUGAUUUAUUAUUGGUGACAUCAAUAUGUCACAGCUCUGGAAACAGAAUGAGGAGAAGGGGAGAGAUGCUGAGCGAGAGAGAGAGAGAGAGAGAGGGAGGGGAGGGGAGGAGGGCGAGAGGAGGAGUGAGAUAGCUUCUCUCUCUGAGGAAGGUAAAUAAUGUGCUUUAAUUAUUUGCCCUCAGACAGACACACAGACAGGGCUGUUGAAAGGCAGCAGGGCUGAUACUGUCAUAGGCUGUGCUUUAGGGACGCUGUGAAUGUUCCCAGAGCUAAUGGAGGUGUGUGUGUGACCCAGGCGGCCGUGGUCCCAGCCCAGCGUGGUGAUGGGCAUGGCAGGGACUGAUGAAGACACAGUAGGGAGGGGAAGCAGGUAAUUGGGCUGUGUUAACCUCCUCUGCCUCCUCAUCCAUCUAACAGGUGUUGGAGCUUUGUUAUCAGCAUCGUUGAUAUGAGAAGUCAGUCCAUUUGUCAUUCAAUCAUUUAAUCAAUCAGCCAACCACUGUCACUCUGUUUGAGAUUUAUGGAUGGUGUUACAUUGCCAGUUGUAUUUCAAAGAUAACAAGCUCGACUGUUUGCUGGGAUUUCUGUGAUUGAAAUCAAAGAAGCAUAAUCAUUGGAAGUGGAUAACAUGGAGAGUCCAACUAGCUGUGUUUUUGAUAAAUGCCCUUGUCAGAGGUGCUGUAGUGGGGACUCACUAAGCAAUGUACCAUUCAUACCUGUACUCUAGCGUAACUUAAAGAUCAGAACUGUGCACAGUACAAAUGCAGUUCUGUUUUUUUUUUUUAUCUGCUUUUGAUCAUUUCACCAGACAAUGGUUCAUUGCUAUCUUGUAUGUUCUGUGUUUUUCACCACAAGGAAGUUCUGGAGAAAGCAGCUAGAUUCAAUGUUAAAGUUGAGAGAGAGAGAGAGAGAGAGAGAGAGAGAAGAGAGAGAGAGAGAGAGAGAGGAGAGAGAGAGCGAGAGAGAGAGAGCUCUCUCUCCUCUCGCGCUCUCCUCCUCUCUCUCUCGUACUCUCUGCUGCUCGCUCCUCUCUCUCUCUCGCUCUCGCUUUCCCUCUCUCUCUCUCUCUCUCUCAUCUCUGCUCUCUCUCUCUCUCUCUCCCUGCUCUCUCUCUCUCUUCCUCUCUCUCUCUCUCUCUCUCUCUCGCGCUCUCCUCCUCUCUCCUCUCUCUCGCUCUCCUCUCUCUCUCUCUCUCAGCUCCUCUCUCUGCGCUCUUCGAUCCGACGAUAGAGAGCUCUCUCUUCUUUGGAGACGAGAGAGAGAGAUUCUGUAAAGGAAUUGAUGGCCAUCACAGGGCUGAGGAUAACUGUUAAUUUUCUACUAUUCUUCAUUACUGUAUUUCUAACAACACUGAGACAGCCUCCAUAAAACAUUUACAGUAAACAUGUCCUGCAGGGAAUUAGCCACAGCAGACAGUACCCCUGGCCCACUGAUAUAACUGGCCACAGCGGCUGAGACGUGAUCCAGGUGUCAAUGAGAUGCCAGGCUAUUGGUGGAUACUCUGGGGCAGGCGGCAGCCAGGCCAACCACAGAAGCCCAUACAGACAGCAGCAGUCCCUGUGCUGCAUUAAAACCCUUCCCUCUGCCCCCAUUCUCAAAAACACAACCACAGGCACAUUUCCUUUACGAGCCCCUGGUAGCCUUUUACAUGGACCAUAAUAGCAUGGACCACUGUGUUUAUAGCCUUGUGCGCAUGUGGUUAUGUGUGUGCAUGAUGUGUGUGUGUGGAUACACCAGAGAAUGGAAAUGAGUUGGAAUAUUACAUUUUUUGGGGACUGGUACAUAUUUUAUUCUGGUGUAGUCAGUGACAUUCGUGUACAGUGAAAAAAAUUACCUUCAACAAUAGUGAGAGAUGUUGUGUCUAGAUGUUUGGGUUAGUUUCUGUGGUUGCUCUAUGGAGCGACGAGGUCGGUCUAUCUGAUCUGAUGGUAUGUGCAAUGCCAGAUUAUCUGAGUGGCACAGUCUGCACUGCGGUCGGACACUGAACAUCCUCCCACAAACCACACCAGACACCAGCCGACAACAACAAGUCCUUAAGACCAGUACUACUUUCUCUCUUCAUCUCUCUCUCUUUAUCUCUCUCUUUUUAUCUCUCUCUCUUUAUUUUUCUCUCUCACACGCUCUCUCGCUCUCUCUCUCUUUAUCUCUCUCUCUCUCCCUUUCUUUCUCUCUCUCUUUAUCUCUCUCUCUCUCUUUAUCUUGCUCUCUCUUUAUCUCUCUCUCUUUAUCUCGCUCUCUCUUCCUUUCUUUGUCUAUCUCUUUCUCUCUUCUCAGGUGUUUAUAAAAAAGUCUAAACAAACAUGCGCCAAUCUUCCUGUUGAAAUACUGUGGAUGUGAAUCUCCUGUGAGAUCUCUAGCCACCUCUUGUCUAGUUCCAUUGUUUACGUUGUCUAGACCUAUCUCCAAUCUGACGCUGAAGGACAACCGUGUCAUAAAGCGCUGUGGGUUUGACAGAUUUGUAUAAUGUUGCGUGUGAAUUAAAAGGCCCUCUUUCUGAACUGCAGCAGGUAUUUAAAUGGACCAGUGAAGAAGGAGGUCAGGGUUGGUGUAUACGCAAGGUCACGUUUAAAACACACGGGUUGGAAGGGGCCAUAAAUCAGAGGCUGCAUACGGCUGCCCUCCAUACUGCCUGAUUUAACACCUGCGCCCAGACCUUCCUUGUCAGGCCCCACGUUCUUUAUUACCCUGCUCCUCGCACUCCUUUCACAGAUAUAGAUAGAGUUCACCUUUGAAAAACCCGCAGUAACUCUCUCUCUCUCUUUCCCUUUCCUCCGCGCACGCUUCAUCUCUCUGUCUAUUUAGCUAUCCCCUUUCCCCUUUUACACAAUGCCUGCUCAUUCACAUUUAAAAGUGGUCAUUUUUCAAGGAUGCAGACUGUGCUACCCUCAUGCCUUGAUUAUGAAUUUAUGUUUACACAGAUUGUGGGAAAAGUGGUAGUUCCUUCUUAUAUGAAAGAUUUGUGUGUGUGUGUGUGUGUGUGUGUUGUGUGUGCGUUAGUGCAUAUUGCUCUGGAUAACCUAUUAACUGAGUAAAGGGUAAUGUAGAAAAAGCACUGAAAAGCGUUCCUAUAAGAUUGGCUGCUGGAGUUUUGGUAUUAGACCAUGUUGGUGGGGUGAUACUUGGUAGGUGAUGUUUGAUGUUGGUAUGCUGGUGUUUGUGCAGUUUGAUGUGCUCUUGCCACGGGAGGACAAAAGCGUGUACGAGGUUGGGCCUUCUCAUUGUGUCUGGUCGAGUGCUUUAAUUGAAAAGCGUCCUUCUUCUUCUUUUGGGCAACGUGUCAGUUGUCUGGAGGAAUGCCUAGAUGUCUGUGGCUCCCUGGUAACCAGCAUGAAAAAACAACAACAACUAGCUUUGAAAUUAAUAAUCCACAUGAAAAGGCUGGACUUCCUGGGGCUGUCGGGGUGCUAGGCGACCCCUGUCUGUCUCUACUCUCUCAGACAGCAGCCCCAUGCUCCCUUAGCCCUGUUUCAGAGGGACACGGUAAGACAUGUAUUGCUGGUAGUUUUCCUGUUUCAGAGGGAAACAGUAAGACAUGUAUUGCUGGUAGUUUUCCUGUUUCAGAGGGACACGGUAAGACAUGUAUUGCUGGUAGUUUUCCUGUUUCAGAGGGACACGGUAAGACAUGUAUUGCUGGUAGUUUUCCUGUUUCAGAGGGACACGGUAAGACACAGUAAGACAUGGCUGGUAGUUUUCCAUCGAAGAGUCAUAAAACCCACCCUAAUGCCGCCAGAUGGUCGCCCCUCUCAGUGUCAUGCCAACAGAGUCAUCAACAGAGGGUCCCACCUUUUUACCCACCAGAGCCACGUUCAACACAGCAGGAAAACAGAAAACAUUUCCAAGUCAGUUACAGUAUACUCAAAGACAAGGUGGGCUUAUGAGGAAGAGACAUGCCGCUUCAAGGAGGUGCAAGGAGCCAUUAUCUAGCCUUGCAGAUCAGAAGUAGACUCAUCUCAUGUGAUGAAUAAUGGAGUCAUUCCGGAGGUGUGGGUACAGAUCCUUUGUCACCUGUAAUGGUCUCUUCCUCCUCCGUGUCCCUGGAAUGGAGAGCCCUGGAGGGGACGUAUGGCAGGGUAUAGGCCUAGGGAUGGAUGGGCAGGCCUAGGGAUGGAUGGGCAGGCCUAGGGAUGGAUGGGCAGGCCUAGGGAUGGAUGGGCAGGCCUAGGUGGCCUGGCCUACAGUAAAGGGUGUGUGAGUAGGGGCAUGAUUACUGUGUUGUGAUAGUUUUUCUUUUUAAACAGGAUAUCCUGAUUGGACGCAGACUAAAGAAUUACAUCUGAAAAAGGAAAUGAGAAUACAGGGCCAGGGAGCAGCAAGUCCAGCCAUCAUUCUAUUGUCCCGGGUGAUUGAUAGGAUCUCGCACCUUUGGUAGAGUUUGGACUAUUUUUAUAUUGUGUGUGUUUUCUGUUUAUUUGUGUCAAUUCAGCUGGAGAUGUAUUUUGGUGGUAUUCUUAGAACAAAAAAACUGCAGAUUAUGUGUGUUAUUUUGCUGUCUCUACUCUGCAUUCAACUCUGAACGUUUUUCCUCCUGAAGACACAAAAAACUAAGGGAGGUAACUUGUCAGUGGUGUAUCACUCAAAACCCAGAAACAACCAGUAUUUAAAAUACGUGGCAAAAAAUACCACACCAACUAGUUUGAACAAAACCGUUGUCAAGUCAUCCUUUUAGUUUUAAAAAUAUGAAGUGCUUUUUGAGUGUGUGUGUUCCUCAGCUGCUUUGUCAGGUCCGCCUUAAUAACAACCUUCAGAACUUGCCGAGCGUCGGAAGGAAUCAUAACCACUGACCACCUUGUCAGUGGGCGACGGCAGAGUGCCUGUCAGCAGCUCCAUGCAUGUCUUGUCGGAGUGUUUAAUUACUACGUAAAGUAGUAGAAAGCUCGCUCUAUGAGUGCCAGUCAGCCAAUCCACAUUUUCUUCCUGCCGAAGAGCAACAGAGGCAGAAAGUGCUGGUUUCCUCUCAGGGAUGGCACCUUGUAGUAACGCUACAUUGUUCUAGCUAAGAAUUAGCGUUGCACCACAAAGGGAAGCUAGGCUAACCCAGUGACAGCUGGAACAGCGCCACGCCUCUCCUGUCACAUGCAGCUCAAUCCACUGGCUGUUUCACUUCACAUGGACUUCUCUACCAUUGUUAUGCUUUCCCACUCCAACAAUAGUUCUCAAAAUGAUGAGUGCUAUAAUUUUUCUCCUAACACGAACAUCUAAUUGGAUGGUGUCUCUUUAAACCUUGCUGUUAGGCAACAGCCUUGUCAAAACGAUGAAAGAAGUGAUGAGAUUAAUAUCCUGUGGAGGCUUUUCAUGCUGUCACUCUAGAAACCGGGUUUAAUCAUUGUACACUAGCUGCUUGUGGAAAGUUCUCUUGUUUAGUCACUCGGAACAGUUUUACUUUAUGCUCAUGAAAGCAGGGCUGGCCUUGUGGACAGUUUGAAAGCAUUUAUUUUCAAUGAAUGAAUAAAGGAAUUAAUUUGUUGCAGCCAGGGCAUGUUGGUGGCUGGCUGAUCAACACAUGGUAAAUGACCAGCUUUAGUGAGUGGUUAGAUGGGAACAUGAAAUGGUUGAAGUGUAGUCGCUCCAGUGGAAGUCUGUGUCAGAUGGAAGGUGGAGAUGAGUGGAAUGAUGGAUGGUGAAGGUGAAGGUGGAGGAGGGCUGUUCUGCUGGCAGUGUCGGUGCGAGGUAAGGGUGGUGGGCGCGGGCGGAAAGGAGGCUCAGUGAGACAUCACCCUCAGGGUCGGUGACAGAAUAGAGGCCUCCAGUUAAAGGCUCAUCCUGCUCACCGAGUCUGACAUUCUAAUCUCAGCUUCACUGUCACCCUCAGCAGAGAUGGAUAUCACCCUGGCCUUAUGUAUUUAGCAAGGAAAUGAAUAGCACAGCUGCUCUGACACAUGACUUACUUCCUGUUCGCUCCCCUUUUACAUCCCCUGUCUUACUCUCUCUCUCUCUCGCCCUCUUUCUAUCUCUUUCUUUCUCUUCUUCUCCUUCUCUCACUCUCUUUCCCUCUCUCUCUUUCCAUCUGUCUGGCUGGUGGAAGUCCUUUCACAAUGCAGGACUUAAGAGGUUCACCAUUGGUGUGUGUCUGAAUUGUAGAACACUUGCAUGGGUCAGUGGUCCUAAGAGUCACCUAAGGGGUUGGGUUUUGGCCUGGGGACUCUGAGGGUGUGCUGGGCUUCUGGCCUCAACUAGCACUGUGGGACGGUAUAACUAAAUGGUUAGUGGAGAGGAAACACUGAGUUGUGUAUUGGACGUUACGAUAAGGAGUUUCUUCCUAUUGUGUAACUGGGGCAUUACUGGUAGUGUGUCUCUGAAUCAGUUUAACAUGUUUUACCAUCUUAUCUGCUGUAAAUAGUAACUGUAGUUAUGUAAAUUGUGCUCCUACAUAACAUACUUAGAAUAUCAGAGCAAUUCUGUAAAAAUCCCAGAUUUCACAGUUCAUUGACUGACAUGAGAGAAAAGGAACAAUAUGAAAAUGGUUUGAGCCUGAUCAGAGAAUGAAUGCAAUUAUGUUGAUUAUCAUAAUCAGGUGUUUUCCUUUUUCCCCAUAUUUUUUCUCCAUCUCUCCUCUCUGUCUUUACACACAAUUAUAUUCCAAUUCAAAGUAAUCCACUUCUGUGCUGAAACUAACAAGCCGUUCUGUUGUUUCUCUCUUCCAUGUGCCUGAUCCAUCCUCUCCAACACGUGUGCUCUUCUCAUCAGGUAAGAUCGCUGACAUCCUUUACAAGCCCCCUGACACACACUUCAGGAGAAUGGGUGGAGAGCAAUUGUAG